ACACAGCAUAAAAAUGUUUUUAUAAUGUGGCGUUUAUGAAAAAGUAUUUUAUUUUAUAACAUUUUUUAACAAUUCUAAUGUAACAUAGAUAUUGGGAUUGGUAUAUGUUAUCAGUAGAAAUAGAAAGUUAUUUUUAUGUAUUACAAUUAAGCUGUGAAAUAUAAAUAAAGAGUUAUCUCGAUGUGCCAUUAUCUUUUCCUCUAUUCUUAAUACACGUAAUUAUUUUUUGAAGUUUAACAUUGCUGUAAUAUUUGUAGUUGUGCGGUCUACAGCAGGGUCACCAAACCAACGCACAUGCGUAAGUGCGGGCCAUUUCUGGCAGCACUGAAGGGGACACGCACACAAGCGAGUAGCCACUCGCCAAGGCGCUGAGCGCACACGUACACGGCUGUUCGCCUGUGUGCGUUUCGUCUGUGUAUUCCCUCUACUUGCUGAGCAUGCUGCUAGCGUCCGCAAACUGGCAUCUCUGGUCGAAGGUGUUGUGAACUUCGGCGGUCUUGUGACAGAUGUAUCGCCGGUAAAUGUCAGUAAUAUGUCAAAAGCGGGACGGAUCUUCGUCUUCUUGAUUCUUCAGACCUGUCUUGUCGGGAGUGCGGUCGGUUCGAUAGGUGACAGGUCGCGCAUAUACAACAAAUGCUUGGCGUUGUGUCGCAGUAGCAAUUGCGAGAAUGAAACAAAUUUUAAGAAGCAGCCUCCCUUCUCCUUAAUUCUGAUGAACUGGUCGUGCAAGGAAGAUUGCAGUUACAUGUGCAUGUGGAAAACUGUCGACUCCUUUGUAACUGAUGGAUUGAAGGUACCGCAAUUUCAUGGAAAAUGGCCGUUUAUUCGUUUAUUCGGGUGUCAGGAGCCCGCGUCGGUUUUAUUUUCGUUAUUGAAUUUUUACGCUCAUUGGAAAAUGUUUCGGGAAUUUAAAAACAACGUGGACAGCGCCUGGCCUAUGUUUCACGCUUGGAGAUACUUCAGUUUUAUAUGCUUGAACGGAUGGUUUUGGUCCGUUGUGUUCCAUUCGCGAGAUAGGCCAUUUACAGAAGCCAUGGACUAUUCGUGCGCAUUUAGUAUGGUACUUACACUUUUGUACUGCAUGCUCUUGAGGAUACUUUACCGAAAGAUUAGAACCUUUGUUGCAAUAACUUGUGGAUAUGUGAGCAUUCUGUACAUGCAUUUGUCACAUUUGUGGUCAGGCAAUAUUAAUUAUGGCUACAAUAUGGCAUUCAAUGUAGCGAUAGGCCUCACGACUUUCGCGAUAACGAUGCUGUGGUGGUACUUCAAUCGGAGAAAACUGCUUCACGCGCGCUCGAUCGUUUGGUUCAAUGUAUUGACCGUUCUCGUCACUCUGCUCGAACUGGCAGACUUUCCGCCAAUCUUUUGGAUAUUUGACGCUCACUCCUUGUGGCACGCCAGUACCGUCCCCUUGACAGUAUUAUUGUACAGGUUUAUGAUCUCAGAUUGCCAGUAUCUGAAAAUAUAUUACAGCAAAUCUAAAGAUCACUUCUAAACGCAAUGAUCGUCGCAGUAGGUUCUGUUUCAAAUGUACGUAACAUUUUAUUGAUGGAGUUCUAUUCCCGUGUUCUUUUCAUACCAAAACGUUCCAGAGAAUGUAAGUUCAUGUGUGUGUGUGUGUGUGUUUGUUGAAAUAUUUGAGGUGAGAUAAGAAACAUUCGAACGUUAUAAGAAUAACGUGUAUGACUAAUUAAAAUUUUAUUUUGACAUUACAUAAUAAAAAAUGCAUUCAGAUAUGUUACUUCUAUCUGCUACAGGGAUAAAUACAAAAAUUCAUCAUCGCGUAA